GCUCCCGCCGCUCCCGCCCGGCCCGGCCCGGCCCGGCCCCACCGGAGCCGCCCGCGGGGUCGGGCCCGGCCCCGCCAUGGCCGAGGAUUUCUGGGAGGCUCCGCGCCGCUGAGCCGGGCUGGCCAUGGACCGGAUGAAGAAGAUCAAGCGGCAGCUGUCGAUGACGCUGCGGGGGGGCCGCGCCCCCGACAAGGGCCUGGGGGACCCCCGCGAUGGCACCGGCAGCGACAGCGAGCCGGGGGGGGACGAGGCCCGGAUGGGGUCGGACGGGGAGAGCGACCCCCCCUCGGGGACGUCCUCGGAGGAGGUGGCGUCACCCGUGAGGCUGCGGCAGCACCCGCGGCACGGCGCCUGCGAGGACGUCACCAAGCGCCUGUCCCUGCCCGCCGACACGCGCCUGCCCGAGGGGGGGCUGGGGCUGCCCGGGGCCCUGAGCCGCCGCCUGCGCCGCGUCUCGCUGUCGGAAAUCGGCUUCGGGAAGCUGGAGACGUACGUGAAACUGGACAAACUGGGAGAGGGCACGUACGCCACGGUGUACAAGGGCCGCAGCAAGCUGACCGAGAACCUGGUGGCGCUGAAGGAAAUCCGGCUGGAGCACGAGGAGGGGGCGCCCUGCACGGCCAUCCGCGAGGUGUCGCUGCUGCGGGAUCUCAAGCACGCCAACGUGGUGACGCUGCACGACAUCGUGCACACGCCGCAGUGCCUGACGCUGGUCUUCGAGUACCUGGUGACCCCAUAA